AUUUUAUAUGAUGCGUGUGGACGGCAGGUGCAAACCACUGCCCAUCUGGCGACCCCUAUUAGACGUGGACAUCUCGGCCUUGCGCAGCACGACCUCCUAGUGUUCACCUAGGAAUCCUUGUUGACUUGUUGAAACUAGCAUCCAAUUCAUUCUUCUUAUAUUAUCCCCUCAACCAGAGUGAGAAGAAGGAAGAAACCCUAAAUCUAUCCUGGGGGGAAGAAAAAAGGAAAAACUUAAUGGCCACCACCCCAGCGGACUCGAUCUCGUUGCAGGCCCCAGACUCGCUAAUCAAUACAGACGAUGGCAGGCAGUACUGGGAAGCCGUAAGUGCGGACUUGGACGGCAUGCUGGGCGGAUUUCCCUAUAUCUCCAAGGUCGACCUGCAGGGCUCCAAGAAUUUCCUGGCCAAGCUAGGAAUCGGCUCAAAGGAGGGACUGCGGACGGUCGAGUCUGCCCUGGAUGGAGGUGCCGGCAUCGGGAGAAUCACCAAGGGUCUCCUCCUAGAUAUUGCAAAGAACGUGGACGUGGUAGAGCCCAUCGCCAAGUUCACGGCCACCCUGGGGGAGGUCACGGGCGUCAGGAGCAUCUCCAACAUCGGGCUGGAGGAGUGGGAGCCCCAGACCGGAACCACGUACGACCUGGUCUGGACCCAGUGGUGUCUGGGCCACCUGACCGACGACGAGGUCAUCCUAUAUCUGAAGAGGUGCAAGGCGGCCCUGACGCCCGAGACGGGACUGGUCGUGGUCAAGGAAAACCUGAACUCUGGCGAGGAAGACCUCUUUGAUAAGCUGGACAGCAGCGUCACGCGACGCGACAGUAAGUUCCUGGCCCUGUUCGAGGCUGCUGGACUGCGAGUGGUAAGGAGCGAGAUUCAAAGAGGGAUGCCAAAGGGGUUGUGCCAAGUCAAGAGCUACGCACUGCGGUAGAGGGAAACGAGCAUCUGUCGGCGAGAGAGAGAGAGAGAGAGAGAGAGAGA